AUGUUCCUGCUUCAAGACGCCAAUCCUACCCUAACGCAGGAAGGUGCAGACGAAGCGCUGCGCGGGGGACUGCGGCUGCGAGCAGAAGUACAAGUGGCACCGGCUGCUGGCCUACGACCCCGACAACGACUGCAAGGGCAUCUUCAUGGACUGGUUCCUCUUCCCGUCCUGCUGCGUGUGCCGCUGCGCGCCCAUUUCGGAACUGAGCUGCCUCCCCCCCCCCCCCCGGCCCCGCACCAACCCCCCGCGACACGCCCGCCGCACGCCCUUGACCAGCCAACCCGCGCGAGGAGUUCGGGGGAAGCCAGUUGGAGGGAUCACGUAUGUUUGGAGUCUGUGUCGCCGAUUCGAAGGAUCCGAAUGUUGCAUGUUCGGUGCUUCUACGCGAGGACUAGUGAACAGUGCCUGAAGGUGACGUGCUGA